AUGGCUUCUGCGGCAGAGAAUGAUCUGCUGAGGCGAGAGGCACCAUCGAUGGAGAUCGAGAGGCAGAGAGCUUCAUUGUUGACGACGGAGAUCAAGAGGCUGAGCUCCAACGGCGGCCUCGUGCCUAGAGAGAGUGUACUUAAGAUGUUGGAAAAUGAAAGAGAUAAACGCUACUCGUUUUAG